UACCAUUCACGCUGCAGUUAGGGGUGAAAAAGAGACCAUUUGUACAUUUGUAAGGAUUGCUGCUGAAGGAAUGCAGCCAUUGAUUCCAUAAAAUUCAGUUGCUAAACAGAGCAGGUGGUUUGGAUUUUAAAAGCUGAAAAAAUGUUCAGAGAGGGAUUGUACAGGUGCAGCUUAUGACGUGGGAGUAACCCUGGUCCCUCUGUGUUCCUGUGUCAGUAGUGUAGGAGCGUCUUGUACUGUAGCCUUUCAUCAUAACUAUGUGAUCAGCUGGGGAUGCUGCCCCGCAAGUGGGGCUCCCCUGUCCUCUUGCUGUGCCACCAAUGUGGCCUCAAGGGGCUAUCCAAGCAUUACCUCUCUGUGCUACCAAACACCAUUUCCAUUCAUUAGACUGCUGCCAGCUUACAAUUGCUAUUCUUAUAAUGUCCUAUUUUGAGCCGCUGACCGAAGAAGAGAGUUUUGAGUGUGACUGUGAGAAUGAGCAGGAAACCAGUUAUGAAGAUACCUCUGACCAGCUGGAUUUUGUGGAAGAAGUUUUAUGUGCUGAAAGAGUGGGCCAGAUGACUAAAACAUAUAAUGAUAUAGAUGCUGUUACACGUCUGCUUGAAGAGAAAGAACGAGAUCUAGAAUUAGCUGCUCGCAUUGGCCAGUCUUUGCUGAAGAAGAAUAAAGCAUUAACUGAAAGGAAUGAAUAUCUUGAGGAACAAGUAGAGCACAUCAAAGAAGAGGUUUCACAGUUGCGUCAUGAGCUGUCCAUGAAAGAUGAGCUGCUUCAAUUUUAUACAAGUGCAGCAGAGGAAAGUGAGCCGGAAUCCAUCUGCUCUUCCCCUCUGAAGAGGGCUGAAUCUGCCUCAUCUGUCCAGAACUAUUUCCAUUUUGACUCCCUGCAGAAGAAACUGAAGGAUCUUGAAGAUGAAAAUAUUGUUCUCCGUACAGAGGCUUGCCACUUGCAAACUGAAACAAUCACAUAUGAAGAAAAGGAGCAGCAACUUGUGAAUGACUGUGUCAAAGAACUACGGGAUGCUAAUGUACAGAUUGUCAGCAUAUCAGAAGAGUUGGCCAAGAAAACAGAUGAUGCUGCACGGCAACAAGAGGAAAUAACACACCUUCUCUCACAGAUAGUUGACAUUCAGAAGAAGGCUAAAGCAUAUGCAGUUGAAAAUGAGGAACUUGUGCAACAUUUGGGAGCAGCUAAAGAUGCCCAACGACAGCUCACAGCUGAGUUACGAGAGCUGGAAGACAAGUACGCAGAGUGCAUGGAAAUGCUUCAUGAGGCGCAGGAAGAACUAAAGAACUUGAGAAACAAAACUAUGCCUAAUGUCAUUUCCCGACGCUAUCACACUUUAGGAGUUUUUCCUUUGGACUCAUUAGCAGCUGAGAUAGAGGGAUCCAUGAGGAAAGAACUGCAGAUGGAUGAGCCUGACUCCCCUGAAAUGAAUGGCAAUCACCAUAAGAGAGUAUUUGACACAGUGAAAAAUGUAAACCAGGUUGUCAAACAGAGAUCACUGGCCCCUUCUCCAAUGAAUAUCCCGGGAUCUAACCAGUCAUCUGCAAUGAACUCUUUAAUGUCUAGCUGCGUUAGCACACCACGCUCCAGCCUGUAUGGUGGCGAUGUAUCCAACAUUGUUAUUGAUAACAAGACAAAUAGCAUUAUCUUGGAAACGGAGUCCUCAGACAAUAGCCUCAGUAACGGAGAUAAAAACAAAAAGCCUGGAACGCCUGGCACUCCAGGUUCCAGUGAUCUGGAGACAGCUCUGCGGCGAUUGUCUCUGCGCCGUGAAAACUACAUCCUGGAGCGCAAGUUCUUUGAAGAUGAUCAGGAGAGAAAGCUGCGAAGCCUAGCAGAGAAAGGGGAGAUCCUUAGUGGGUCUAUUACACCCACAGACAGCAUCAUGUCUCUAGGAACUCACUCCAGGCUAUCUGAAUACACCGGAGUGUCAGGAAUGUCAUACAGCAGCCGAUCCUACCUACCAGAGAAACUUCAGAUUGUGAAGCCUCUAGAAGGUUCAGCAACUCUACAUCACUGGCAACAGCUUGCACAGCCAAACCUAGGAGGUAUCCUGGACCCAAGGCCUGGUGUUGUCACAAAAGGCUUCAGGACCUUGGAUCUUGACCAGGAGGAUGUGUACUGCUUCAAUGACUAUGAAGAAGACGAGACAGGUGACAUUCCUUUCAAGAGCUUUACUACCUCGUCUUCCAUCCAGCACUCAGAGACCUCAGGUGAGAGGUCACAAGCACAAGUGACUGUGUCAGACAGCAAGAACUGUCCAAGUCAUUCUCAGGCUGCCCCCAAGGAUAUGCAAGAACCAGCAACAGACGAUGAUGAGGGGUCUGUUUACUAUCCUGGCAAGUGCAUGUCUCAAACCAACUCUACCUUCACUUUCACCAACUGUCGGAUUAUGCACCCGUCUGAUGAACUCACAUGUGUCACUUCAAGCCUUAAUGCAGUGCCCACUCCAUCUUGUGGAAACUUGAAUAAUCUAAAGUCAACGCCAGCAAGCACACCCUGUACACCUCGGCGCCUGAGCUUGGCUGAAUCGUUCACCAAUCUUAGGGAAUCAACCACCACUAUGAGCACAUCUUUAGGGUUGGUAAGACUUUUGAAAGAGAGGGGCAUAUCUGCAGCUGUGUACAACCCACUAACCUGGGACAGAGCUGGAAAAUCUUCUCUUAUUAAUCAUUCUCUUCCGAAAAUGGCAAUCAUACCGUCCACCCCUCCAAACUCACCUAUGCCGACACCAAAUUCCUCCCCUCCAUCACUAGACUUCAAAUGCACCAGUCCUCCCUAUGAUAACUUCCUGGCCUCUAAACCUGCCAGCUCUAUCCUUAAGGAAGUGAGGGAGAAGAAGAAUAUAAAGAGCAGUGAAUGCCAGACAGAUGUCUCUGUGUCCAACCUUAACCUUGUGGAUAAAGUAAAGAAGUUUGGAAUUGCCAAAGUCUCAGGAUCACCGGGAACAUCUGCUUUAUCUGACUGCCACAAGGGCACCCAAGGGCCAGCGAGGACACAUGUUUCUGGAGGUCUUAUACCUGAAAGCCAACCUUUAAAUUACCCUACUGUAACAAGUGCCAUAGGCUCCCUUCAUCUGAAUUCUGGUAUCCGAAGAAACCGCAGCUUUCCAACCAUGGUUGGAUCCAGCAUGCAGAUGAAGGGAGCAACUACACUGACAUCUGACAUAUUGAUGGGAGCUAAAUUACCUAAACAGACUACUUUGCAAUGAUAAAUAUCUGCUGUGCUUUGCUGGUAGAGAGGCUGAGCAAGCAGUGACCUUGCAUAGUAUGCUAUUGUGCUAAUCCUAAAGAAUUUCUGACUCUUUAAUCCCAAUCCUCCAUCCCUGUACUUUGUGCUGACAAAUCAAUUUUGUGCCUACAUGAGUUAUUGGGACUGCACUUUGUAUAAAUAUGUACAUAUAUAUAUAAAAUAGAUAUCUAUUGUAACAAAAUAUAUUCACUGUACCAGUGACAUACUGCGGAGGCAGAAGUGGCUCUUCUACUGUAGAUAUUUUCUAAUAAUGUAUAUUAAACUGUUGAUGUUAGGAUAUUGUAUGCACGGAAUGUAAGGAACCUCUAAACUUUAGCAAAGGAUGGUAGUUUAGUUAUCAGAAUUAGAGGUCUAGCCAAGGUUUUAGCCAUUUCAGGGAGAAAUAAAUCUGGGAUUAGAUUUUGAGACAGCAGAAUAGAUUCCCAGUUUGCCACAGUCUCAUACACAAUACUUUGCUUUUUUUUAUAUAGGUCACAAUGGGAUGUUAUUAAACAAAUAUCUUUACCUUUGUUCUCACUGUUAUUCUAAAACAAAUGGCAGGUAUAAAAAUAUAGCUUGCUUUUUUCAUCUUCAUUUAUUUAUUAUGCAGCAAACACAUCAUAAGGAAUGGGGCUACAAUCAAGGUGAACACACAUUCACAUGCUAAAAUAUUAGCACAGGGACAAAUACACAGGCCUUAGGCUUUUUAAAGUUUAUUUUAGUUGAAAGACUACUUUGCAGAUGUUUUUUGUUAACUUUCACCAGAACACUGGGUGCUUUUCUGAUUGAAUACGUAGGAAGAAAAAGGGAUAAACAUAAUCACUAUAUUGCCACCGGUGCUGCUACGAGCGGCCAUACUUGAAAUCUAGGAUAGAAUUUAUUUUUAGGGGAAUAUGAAACUGUCAGUUAAUAAAGAAGCAUCAGAAUGUCCACAAACUGAGGCCUAUUUUGAUUAUUCUUAAAGAGACGCGAGUGCACUAAAGGUCUUGUCUUUUUUUUUUUAUAUAUGCCAAUAAAGUUUUAAAAUAUUUUAUUUAGGGCAAUGUCCGAAAAGCAGACUGGAAGGUUUGCAUUUAUGCUCAUUAGACGUAAUAAAGUUGUAAUAUUUAUACAUUUAAUUGUUUUCUUUUUUUUUAAUGACUAAUAAUGUAAAAGGUUUUCUUAAAAAUGUAAAGUCCUACAUUUCGUAGGUCACUUUGUAGCUUGUUGACAGUAUUACAAGCUAUGGGGAAAUAUCUUGAGGCAAGAAGCAGCCAUUUGCAGCACAAACAAUCCUAUUUUAAGCCUCCUAUACAAAUUGCAUGUUUAUAGCCCUGAAGCUUGCCUGAUAUAACUGUAUAACUGUUUAAUGGACAGCUUGUAGUCCAUCCAGUUGUUCAGUUCGGGCUUGGAUAAUACUUUAAAUGUAAUAUUAUUAUCAACAUUCUUACUGCUCACUAAUCUGUAUGUAAUAUUCAUUUACUCGUGCAGACUCCAUUGGUUCCAAACAAUAUAACUUGCAUGAAAGGGGCCUUUCUGCUCCUGUUUUUGUUCUGGUGGUUUCUGCUUGCAGGCCAGAGCAAGAUUUUCCUCAUCAGCUUCUUUACUUUGGCUAAUGGGUGCCUAUUGCAAAUCAAAUACGUUUGUUUUAUUUUCAUCUUAUUGUAUCUUUAACCUGUCGCUCGAAUUCUAAUGGUUACGACUGUUUGACUCCUCUGUCAAGAUUUGUUUUGCAGAUACUAAAAUGAACAAAAAGCUUGCGCCUUCUGACUCACCACUAAUAAAUAUCAGUAACAUUAAAACU